CACGUGCGAUUUAAUCUCUAAAAGACGCCCACCCCGUGCCUCUUCUUUCGUCGUUUUUUCUGGCAAGAUUCGCUCAGAGGUUCGUUGGCGGAGUCUGCUCUGAUCUAUAGGAUGACGACUCACUCACCGGAUCUCCAGUGGUUGCUGAUCAAGAACACGUCCAGUUUCCUGGUCCGCCGCAAGUACGCCAAGGCCAACACCUUCACAACUGAGCCCAACAACCUCACCGGCAUAAACGCGUGGAAGUACAAUGGGCUAGUGAAUAAAAAGGAGAACAUGGGAUGGGGAACUGAUACCGUCGAGAUCUCUGGUCGAGACCCCGCCUACACUCUGUCGGUGGGGGCUCAUGACUUUCCUGCUCUUCAACACGGUGUCCAGCUACUGCUCCUCCUGACCACGGACACCUCCUGCGGCCGCGUGGCUCUCCCGGUCAUAAAUCAGCCGGGCUACUCCACUGUUCCCUACUGCCAUGCACUAGGCUAG